GAUCUAUGUUAAUAGUCUGUGAUCUUAUUAUUUUGGAAAUUUGGAGUCGUUUUACAAGAAUUUCAUUACCUCGAGUUAAAUGUAUAAAUUCAGUUUUGUUAUCGAAAUAUUACCGAUAUUUUGAACGGAAAUGUGAGCCAACAUAACACAUAAAUCAACCUUUUCAGACAUGAUAAGGCAAUCAUUAAAAUUCCGAAAGACUGUUACCAUCGUUUGUGUUUUAUCAUUAAUUAUCUUUAUAUUUCUUAUCCUUAGGCAAGACAAAUUAAAUAAAUCUGAUGUUGGGGGAUCACACCAAAGAAUAGACAAUGAUUUACAGUUUGUAGGGUACAGAGAUUUCAAUAAAAUGCCAAAGAUGGAUGAUCAUAAUGUUCCACAGAGAGACUCAGACAUGGAGACAAAUAGAGAUGACAAUGAAGCUAAACGAGAGCUUCAAGAGGCUAAGGUUCGACUAGCACAGUUAGAGAAAAAAAUUGCUAUACUAGAAGGAAGAAUCCCUCAGAAAUAUCCUGAUGUUAAAUAUCUGGGAUACAAAGAAAGAAAAAGGAUAUUGGUAACAGGUGGUGCUGGAUUUGUUGGUUCUCACCUUGUAGAUGUUCUAAUGACACAGGGCCAUGAGGUGAUUGUGGUUGACAACUUCUUCACAGGAAGGAAAAGAAAUGUUGAGCAUUGGUUUGGCCACAGAAACUUUGAAAUGAUACACCAUGAUAUUGUAAACCCUUUGUAUGUUGAGGCAGAUGAAAUAUACCACUUAGCUAGUCCAGCAAGCCCACCACACUAUAUGCAGAAUCCUGUUAAAACUAUUAAAACAAACACAUUGGGAACCAUCAAUAUGCUUGGACUGGCAAGGAGGGUUGGAGCUAAGAUUUUGAUAGCAAGCACUUCUGAAGUUUAUGGUGACCCUAUGGUGCAUCCACAGCCUGAAUCUUAUUGGGGACAUGUCAAUCCUAUAGGACCAAGGGCUUGUUACGAUGAAGGCAAGAGAGUGGCAGAGACAUUGGCGUAUUCUUAUGCCAAACAAGAAAAGGUUAAUGUGAGGGUGGCUAGGAUAUUUAAUACUUACGGACCAAGGAUGCAUGCCUCGGAUGGACGGGUUGUGUCCAACUUCAUCAUGCAAGCUAUACAAAAUCUGACUAUUACCGUUUAUGGCAAUGGAAAACAGACGCGAUCAUUUUGCUACGUAUCAGAUCUAGUGGACGGCCUUCUAGCAUUGAUGGCGUCUAGUUAUAACUUACCUGUAAAUAUUGGAAACCCUGUAGAACAUACAAUAGAAGAAUUCGCAGUAAUAAUCAAGAAUCUAGUCCCCGGGUGUCGCAGCACGGUGGCGACGGGCGCCGCGGUGGAGGACGACCCGCAGCGUCGCCGCCCCGACAUCACGCUCGCAGAGACACAUCUCAAGUGGAAGCCGAAGGUGUCCUUACAAGAUGGGCUACAAAGGACAAUUGAGUACUUCAAAGAAGAACUGUCGAGGACGACGUUCUACAACAACCAGACGUACAUGGAUGUUAAAGUGAAAUCGCCUCACUGAAAAAAGUAGUUGUACAAGUAUCUGAAUCCUCUAUGAAUGUGAUAUUAGCAUAAGGACGCUAAAUGAAUGACUGUAUUGUGUAUUUGGAGCCUGAAUACUGAAAUGCUUACUAAAAUUUAAGUAGUGUUUAUAGUUUGUGUUUUUGGAAUUUUGUUUAUAUCAAUUCUUGUUUCAUAAAUAUUAUUUAAUAUUGGAGAUGCUCUUAGAAAUGAAUUGGCGUUUACGCAUUCAGCUCAAUUCAGCUGUAUGAAAAGAUCAGGUGACGUGCGGGGCGCCCGCCCGCCUCAUAUCCCAAUUGCCAUGUCGACCUGCCACGUACUAACGGUGUUGGUUAAGAAAGUGCACGGAAUUUCACUACAAUGUGGCCUAUGGAAACGUGAGAGUGCCAUACCUGUGGAUAAGACGUUGAAAAUAAAUUAUGCGCUUACUGUCUCAAUAAAAAUCGUGCCGGGAUUACGCCAUCCGAUCCUAUGGUAUGCAACUGUAGACAGAAAUGCCAAUAGUCCAAAUCACUACUUGUUUCUCUUUUGAUCCAUAGCAAAAGCACAAAGUAAUAACGCUAUUAAAUAAUUUUGUUGUUUUUAACAAUAACUCCUUACGUUAACUCCACUAUUCGCAUUAUAGAAGCAGGCGUUAUUUUGCGGAAGUCCAUGAUAUCCGAUAUAAAAGCUUAAUUUGCUAUAA